AUGAAUGGUCGCUCUCCCGGCAGUCGCGCGGCCCAGAGGCUUGUUGUCUUCGCGGCUGUAGCUACGCGCAGAGCCUGCAUGCACUCGCUGCCACCGGAGCCCAUGGAGAUCGUGCGCAGCAAGGCUUGCUCACGCAGGGUGCGCCUCAACGUCGGGGGCCUGGCGCACGAGGUGCUGUGGCGCACUCUGGACCGCCUGCCCCGCACGCGGCUGGGCAAGCUUCGGGACUGCAACACGCAUGACUCUCUGCUCCAGGUGUGCGACGACUACAGCCUUGAGGACAACGAGUACUUCUUUGACCGCCACCCGGGCGCCUUUACCUCGAUUCUCAAUUUCUACCGCACGGGCCGGCUGCACAUGAUGGAGGAGAUGUGCGCGCUGAGCUUCAGCCAGGAGCUGGACUACUGGGGCAUCGAUGAGAUCUACCUGGAGUCCUGCUGUCAGGCCCGCUACCACCAGAAGAAGGAGCAGAUGAACGAGGAGCUGAAGCGUGAGGCCGAGACGCUGCGGGAGCGUGAGGGCGAGGAGUUCGACAACACGUGUUGCGCCGAGAAGAGGAAGAAACUCUGGGACCUUCUGGAGAAGCCCAACUCAUCGGUGGCCGCCAAGAUCCUGGCCAUCAUCUCCAUCAUGUUCAUUGUCCUCUCCACCAUUGCCCUGUCACUCAACACACUGCCUGAGCUGCAGAGCCUGGAUGAGUUCGGCCAGAGCACGGAUAACCCACAGCUGGCACACGUGGAAGCGGUAUGCAUUGCGUGGUUCACCAUGGAGUACUUGCUGAGGUUCCUGUCCUCGCCCAAAAAAUGGAAGUUUUUUAAGGGCCCUCUCAACGCCAUUGACUUACUGGCCAUCCUGCCCUACUAUGUCACCAUCUUCCUCACAGAAUCCAACAAGAGUGUGCUGCAGUUCCAGAAUGUACGCCGCGUGGUCCAGAUCUUUCGAAUCAUGCGCAUCCUCCGCAUCCUGAAGCUGGCCCGCCACUCCACCGGCCUGCAGUCCCUGGGCUUCACACUCCGCCGGAGCUACAAUGAGCUGGGUUUGCUCAUCCUCUUUCUAGCCAUGGGCAUCAUGAUCUUCUCCAGCUUGGUCUUCUUUGCCGAGAAGGAUGAGGAUGACACCAAGUUCAAAAGCAUCCCUGCCUCUUUCUGGUGGGCCACCAUCACCAUGACAACCGUUGGGUAUGGAGACAUUUACCCUAAGACUCUCCUGGGGAAAAUUGUGGGGGGUCUCUGCUGCAUCGCUGGGGUCCUGGUGAUCGCUCUUCCCAUUCCCAUUAUUGUCAAUAACUUCUCGGAGUUCUAUAAGGAGCAGAAGCGGCAGGAGAAAGCCAUCAAGCGGAGAGAGGCUCUGGAGAGAGCCAAGAGGAAUGGCAGCAUCGUGUCCAUGAACAUGAAGGAUGCCUUCGCCCGGAGCAUUGAGAUGAUGGACAUUGUAGUUGAGAAAAACGGAGAGAAUAUGGCCAAGAAGGAUAAAGUACAAGAUAACCACCUGUCUCCCAACAAGUGGAAAUGGACCAAGCGGGCACUCUCUGAGACCAGCUCGAGCAAGUCCUUUGAAACCAAGGAGCAGGGGUCCCCUGAGAAGGCCAGAUCGUCUUCUAGUCCUCAGCACCUGAACGUCCAGCAAUUGGAAGACAUGUACAAUAAGAUGGCCAAGACGCAGUCCCAGCCCAUCCUCAAUACCAAGGAGAUGGCACCACAGAGCAAGCCGAAGGAAGAACUAGAGAUGGAAAGCAUGCCCAGCCCUGUGGCCCCGCUGCCCACACGCACCGAGGGCAUCAUUGACAUGCGGAGCAUGUCCAGCAUUGACAGUUUCAUCAGCUGUGCCACUGACUUCCCUGAAGCCACCAGAUUUUCCCACAGCCCUCUGGCGUCCCUGUCCAGCAAGGCUGGGGGCAGCACAGCUCCAGAGGUAGGCUGGCGGGGGGCUCUGGGGGCCAGUGGUGGGAGACUCAUUGAGGCCAACCCCACUCCUGAGGCCAGCCGCUCUGGUUUCUUCGUUGAGAGCCCCAGGAGUUCCAUGAAGACCAGCAACGCCAUGAAGCUCCGGGCACUCAAGGUCAACUUCAUGGAGGGGGAUCCCAGCCCGCUGCUUCCCUCUCUGGGGAUGUACCACGAUCCUCUUAGGAACAGAGGAGGCGCAGCAGCUGCGGUCGCAGGAUUGGAGUGUGCCUCACUCUUAGACAAGCCUGUGCUGAGCCCAGAGUCCUCCAUCUACACCACAGCAAGUGCCAGGACACCCCCUCGCUCCCCUGAGAAACACACAGCAAUAGCAUUCAACUUUGAGGCGGGCGUCCACCAGUACAUAGACACGGACACAGAUGAUGAGGGUCAGCCGCUCUACAGCGUGGACUCCAGUCCUCCCAAGAGUCUCCAUGGCAGCACCAGCCCCAAGUUCAGCAUUGGAACUAGAACGGAGAAGAACCAUUUUGAAAGCUCUCCCCUGCCCACCUCCCCUAAGUUCUUAAGGCCCAACUGUGUCUACUCCUCAGAAGGGUUGACUGGGAAAGGCCCCGGAGCUCAAGAAAAGUGUAAGCUGGAGAACCAUACCUCCCCUGAUAUGCGCAUGCUGCCCGGAGGAGGAGCGCAUGGGAGCACUGGGGAUCAGAGCAUCUGAGAUGUCCACUGCAGAGAGGAGUUGGCAGGAGAAAUCAAGGAGUAUGGAUGCUUGGCUUGCUGCCGCUGAGUUCUACAUGACCUUGGAGACGCAAGGCCGCCGCAGAGCCCCAGCAACAGGAGAGACCCUGAGAGCCAUGACAGGUCUAUGGAUGCAUAAUCAGACAAGCCACAGGGACCAUGCCUCUUAACAGCACCUUCCUGAGAUGACAUGAGCAGAGUUCACAGCCACUAAGACCUAGCCUUGGCCACUUCUAGUCUCCUCUUGAGGCUCCCCCAGCCUCUGAGUAUGCCAUCUCCAUCUCCUGUGGCUUCAGCUAGCAGAGGGCGUUGGCGCAAGGAGCUGCUAGUGAAAGUGUGGAUUGAUCAAGUAGUACUGGGUGUUGCCUAGCAUCCUCCAAGAACACCUCCAUGGCAGGAUCUUACUGCUAGAAGGAUACAGGGGACACUUUGAUCAUGAGGCAUUCUCCACGCCAUCAGCCAUGGUCCCAGUGCAUAAUCUUUAACCAAGCAAGCGGCUUGACUGAUUCAGUAUUCUGUGCUACCCAGGGCUUUAUUCUGAGAUGCUGUCAGGGUGAGCUGACAAUUUGAACUCGAUUCUUUCUGCCCACCUGGCAAUCAAGGAAGGGUUCAGAUGGUUGGCACAUAGCCAAGGGGAUAAACCAGACCACUGCUUUUCGGGCUGUCACAAGAAUGAGAGUUCCAAACAGCACUAGCCUGAACUCAAAAUAUAUGUGAGCAUCAAAUAUGCAAACAAGAUAGAUUAUUCAAAGAGACUGUGUGACUGAGGAACAGCAUUAAAAAUAAUAAAUUUCAUUUUCUACAUGAAAAAAGAAAAAAAAGCCCUCACUGAACUGCCCUGUGCAGGGUUCUGACUACUUUUUGUUGCGGCGGGGAACACAGGAGCAUACCUACUGUGGGAGAAGCUCCUUUUUCUUUUCCUUUUUCUUUUCUUUUUUUUUUUUCUUGUUUGUUUCCUGUGGUAUUCAAGCUAAAAAAAAAAUAAGUUAAUAAAAAGCACUUUAUGUUUUUCUAAUCUAGGUUCUACCAGGGACAGUGUCAAGAUCUCGCACUUUAAAACAAGCACUAUUUCCCGUGGGCCACAUAGUGGCCCUGCACUUGGGGUGUUAGUUGUGCCCAUUUCUGGCCACAGUGGGUCUUACUGUCACAUUAGAGUCUGGGGCUCCUCCAUGGCCCCUCAGGAUCACCCCUCAUCCCUAAUGGGUCAGGAGGGGUCCUCAGCCCUCGGGGAAGGGCUCUCUUAAAGUCCCGUGUGCAAGAGUCAUGCACGUCUCUGAAGGGCGCAGCAACUGGGGGUCGGGUAUUGUACUGUUCUUUCUUGUCAACCAGCCAUUGUGUGUUCUGUGUCACUGUCUGUCCUGAAAGCCCGAUGCUCCCUUCCUGCAGCCAUCUAGGCAGACGGCACAGCCAAAAGCAAUAAGUACUCAUGUGUAUCCCUAGAGGUUCUGAUAUACUUCCUGGUGUCAGUCUUCCUAUCCUAGCGUGUUGACCUGGCGUUGUCCUGCUUGUAACUCGGUGGCACAGUGUUGUUGGCCCUUCCUCAGUGACACCAGUCUGCACGAUGCUACAGUAAUGGCUUGCCUAUCAGUAAAGAUGGUGUUAUUGGUCAGCCUGUCUGCAGUACAGUGGGGCAAUGUGGUUUUCUUACUAUAGUGUUAGUGGAUAAUGUCCCAAAUGCUGUAGUUAGUGUCCUCCUCCCUGUCCUCAGAACAGUGACAGGCAUGUGUCUUCCUGAUGGAGCAACGACAUGAUAUUGAUCACCUGUCCUCGUAUAAUUUAUGGCUGGUCUGCCCAAUAGUUCAUUGGCGCGAUCCACCCAUCAGCAGGCUUACACCAUGUUCUGCCUCCUGUCUCUAUGGCUGAGAUCAGGCCACCUGGGACAGGUGGAAUGCUGAAGGGUUAUCACACCAACCUUAAACAAAGCGUUUUCUACAGUUCAUGACACUUCUCAGCAUCUCCAGGGACCAGGGUCCCCUCCCUCCAGGGGGUGCAGCCCAGGGUCCCCUCCCUCCAAGGGGUGCAGCCCAGGGUCCCCUCCCCCCAGGGGGUGCACCUUGGUAUUUGCUGUAAAUGAGGAAAACUGAGACUUUGACUUGUCUCAGGGCCUCAGAAUUUUCUCCAAACAGAUGCAAAGGGGCUGAGACAGUGAAGGUCGCCCUAGACAGCAGUGCCCUGGAGGCAGGAAGCAGGGGGACUCGAGUCCCCUGCUGAGCUCAGCCUGGUGCUGGGGGCCUGUUGAUGUGACCAUGGGACUACUCUGUUGACCAUUGUUCAUGUUUCUUCUUUGUUUUUUCUUUACCAUAGACGUCACCCAGCAGCACAAAUGUGAAAAUUCAGGGAAAACAAAUGCUUUUUGAUAAAAAGAAAAUAGUUGUGAUUUCCGAUUCAGAUAUUUUUAGAGCUAUCUGUAAAAACUCCUACUGAUGAUAUAGUCUAUUUUACAUAUCAGGAAGUAAACAUGUCUUAACAUAGCCAUAUAUAGCCAGAAGGAAGUUACUGCCCCUUCUUCAAAUCAAGGCAUUUCAUUUAUUGGUUAAGUCGAUGGCCGGUGUACAGAGUAGAAAUGGCUUCUUUCUUUUCUAAGAACUUGGUGCGACUCUCCUUGUAACCAAAGGCCCCUCUGCCUUGUGUCAUGUAGGACCUGGCUGUCCCUUCCUCCUGUAUUUUGUCUGACCCUAAAGUAGCAUUUUCCAGAGUAAAUGAAGGACACAUUCAGAAUACCCCUUCCUAGCUGAAUAAACAGAAUUCCCAUAGAAACAACCAUCAAAAACUCAGUGUAAACUAUGCGUAAAAGUUUUCCGUUUUGUUUUGGGUUUUGCUGGUUUGUUGUUUUGUGGUUUCAGCCAUUUAUGUGUGUGUACUGUGGGAAAGUAGCUUUUCCUCCAUGUGUGACUCAAGUUAGAGUACUGUAAAUUUUCCUACCAGGCCUCCACCUGCUAACAAGGAACACUUUGAGUUUCAUUCCUUCCACACAUAGCCGACCUGGGUACCUGCGUUUAUAUGCACUGGGAAAGCUGGAGAAGGGUUGCCAAGAUGAAGCCGACUCUGAAAAAUGGGUCUCAGUAGUGAAGAGGGAAGCCAGGGAAUGGAAGCAGAGGCUACCAGAACUUGGUGGAUCAUUUCCAUCUGCCCUGAAGCAACCGGAGCAAAAUGAUGUGAGGUACCCUGAGUAACACCGAGGGCUGGAGGUGGAGAUCCAGUAUGGUCCAGUUAUGAAGUCAACAGGACUGUCAAGAACCCAGGGGAACUUAAGUUCCAGCAUAUCCAUCCCAUCAUCAGAAAAAGCCAGGCAUCGGGCAGCUGUGUGUGCCCAUCACAUGGGAAAGCCUGCCCCGUGGUAGAGUGGGGACAGGUCAGCGCUUUCACCUUUCGACACUGGACGCCCCCAAAACAGCAGGUCUGAGGCUGCGGAUUUCUCUCUAGGAUUCCAUCUUAAGCAAAUUUAGAGGAGAAAAAGAGAAAGAGGAAAGAACAUUGGUCUUGAGGAAAGAGGAAAUACCCAAAAUCAUGAGGAAGCCACCCUUCACCUGCUCUGCUCGCCCCCAACAGCUGCUAGGAACACGAGCUUUUUCCAGAUGAGUCUUUCUUGCCUUCCAGUCCGCCUCCUCCGUGUUCCUGAGCUGCAGCCUCAUCUCGGCCCCUUCUCCUGAGGAGAUCUGAGUUUCUAAGGAGGUAAAAGAAACACAAGACGCAACAGCAUCCUCGUCUAUACAACUGUAAUGUAUUCUCAAUAUUUGUAAUUAUUAUGUAUUUGUCUGACUCUC